AUGACCAUCACCACCCGCGAUCGCUGGGGCAAUAAGCAACAGCAGCAGCUGCCAUGCAAGGACCCUACAUGCUCCUGCGGCAAGGCAAACAACUCCGCCGUCGCCCCCACCCCCCCGCUGCUCACCUGCGCGCUCGUCUCCCGCCGCUGGUUGCGCCUCUCCGUGCUUCUCCCCCGCGCCAUCACUGGAUGGGUUGGCGGCUGUGCCUUUCAAGAGGGAGGAUGGGAGGCGAGAGGAGGGCGAAGGGAUGACAUCGAACGUGAUCAUGGGGGGGACGUGGUUGCUUCGGAGGUGUCGGGGGGUGCAAGUCAUGGGGAGGAUGUGGAGGCAAGCUACGAUGGGCAGCAACUGCCUCUGCUGCCUCAGUGGCGAAGGCGACAGCGGCGGCAACGGAAGAAGCUCCACCACAGCCAAGAGAAGGCUCGGCAGCAGCAGCAGCAGCAGCAGCAGCAGCAGCAGGCAUCACAGGUUGUUUGUCAGAGUAAUCUUCAGAGUAAUCAGGGUGGUGUCGCCGCUCUCACUGCAGCAGCACAGCCACACCAGCCCCUCUUCUUUUCCAAGCUGCAACAUCUCGAGCUUGCUGACGUGUCAGCACUGCAUCACCUGCCACGUGGCGUCCUCCAGCACCAUUCGCUCAAGCACCUCGUGCUGGACGGCUACGCAGGCGCCUCCCUUUCUGCUGCUUGCAGCGUUGACUCCAUUGAAUUCCCCAUCCGGAUGCCCAGCCUGCAUCGUUUGCAACUAGGUGCUGUACAGGACGGGCCGCACGGGGGUGACGGGCAGCAUGAGACCGGGCAGCACAGAUCGGGUGGGGCACGAGCGAGAACUGACAGCACGGGUGGGGCACGAACGGGUACGGACAGCACGGGUAGGGCACAAACGGGCAGAACGGGGCAGCACGGGCAGAACGGGGCAACACGGGCAGAACGGGGCAGGACACGGGCUGAACGGGGCAACACGGGCAGAACGGGGCAACACGGGGACAACGGGGUAGCACAGGGGCUGAACGGGGCAGGACACGGGCUGAACGGGGCAGGACACAGGCUGAACGGGGCAACACGGGCAGAACGGGGCAACACGGGGACAACAGGGCAGCACAGGCAGAACGGGGCAGGACAAGGGCUGAACGGGGCAACACGGCACGGAAACGGGCACGACACAGGCAGAACGGGGCAGCACAGGGGCAGCAUGGGAACACGGGGGCAGCACGGGAACACGGGGACAGCACGGGAGCAGCACGGGAACACGGGGGCAGCACGGGCAUGGGCACGGGGCAAGCACGGGGAACACGGGGCAGACAGCACGGGCACGGGCACGGGGCAAGCACGGGGAAGUACGGGCAAUACGGGAGCCGUCCCCUUCGGGCCACACCUCCUCCCCUUCCCGCUGGAAACGGAGCCGGAGAUGGGGGUGGGGUGGCAGUUGUCGGUGGGGGGGGGCGGGAUCUGGGGCAGAACGGCGUUCUGGGUGCAGAACUGUCCUCUCCUUGCUGUAAACGCCUCUGCAUGCACCCCCUUGGCCUUCAACUUCCCAAGCCUGAGGGAGCUAUGGCUGCAGGACCUUCCUCUGCUGCACGAGCUACCGCCCUCCUUAUCCUACCUCUCCUCCCUGCACCGUUUGGUCAUCACCCGCUGCCAUGAGCUCAACUCACUCCCUGAUUGCCUGCCCGAGCUCCCCUUGCUGCGCGAUCUCGCCCUCGUGAUAAACCGCAACCUCACCGUCCCGAGGGGUUUCCUGCCGCAGCUGCACUCGGUGCGUCGACUGGUGGUGCAUCGGAGGUGGGAGAACAAGACCUUGAUCGCGCAUCUGGGGCAAAUGAGGUCAAGCUUUGGGCUGCCCCCACGGGUGAAAGAGCUUCACACAGAUGACUUUGGCAGCGACGUGUUAAGGUUGCAUGAGCUGGAGAGACUAGAGGUGACUGCGGUGAACCUCGCGAAAUUCAGUAUCAGCGAGAUUAGGGUUUUGGAGGAGCUGGUGAAGGUUACCGGGGAAGGUGGGAGGAGGGAUGCAGAGGAAGAGGAGGGGAAUGACGGGUCUGAUGUCAAGUGUUGGGAGGGUGGGGGACAGCUGCCGUUGGUGAACAGGACCAGUGCCUUGGUGAGCAGCCAGAGCAAGCAUUUCCUGCCUUGCUCGCAACGGCUGUCCCUUGCUGACUGCGAGGUUGGCCCUCGCUUCCCUCCCUGGAUGCGCCAUCUCACGUCCUUGCAGCACCUCUCGCUCACCCACAUCCACCGACAUAGACUGUUUUGCUGCGCGUCAGAGCAAGCCAAAGAGCCUCGCCAGUUGCAACGCCUUCUCGAAGCUUAUGUGCAGGAGGAGGAGCAUUGGGAGAAUCUCACGUCGCUGCAGCGGGUUGAGAGAUGUGCAUGCUGCCCCUUAGUUGUACCUUCGGAGUGGCAGCCUCUUGUGCGUGUGGUCGAUGCAGCAGCAGCAGAGGCAGAAGCUUGCGGAGAUGAGCCCACCUCUCCCUCUCACUGCCGCAUCCGGCCAGACCACAGCCCCUUGCUGCAUCCCUCCUCCUCUUUUCCCGUCCGCUUGCCUUCCGGAUAUCGUACACGUGCACGGUGCAACCCCUCCUCUUCUCCUCCCAACCCCCCUCUCUCCCCCUCUCGCCUCCCCCCCUUUCUCCUUCCGCUCUGUGGUACUGGUGCUGUCUCUCCCAUUGUGCUGUGCGGCACAGGCGUGGGCAAAACGUCCCUGUACAUGGAGUACAGCCCCCAGGCAGAGCCAGUGCCAGGGGACUCCACAUCCCACCUGCGCACAGACCCAAGCAGCAACAGCGUCAGCAGUGGGGUGGCAGCAGUGGGCAGUGGUGGUGGCGGGGGUGGCGAGGAGGGGCGGCGGGGGUUCUUUGUGGAGGUGUGGGACGUGUCGGGCAGCGAGCAGUACAAGUCGUCGCGCUCACUCUUCUACGAUCAGAUCAACGGUACAUGCAGCGUCAUAUUCGUGCACGACCUAUCCCGUAAGAAGUCAAGAGUCGCGGCACUGCAGUGGAUGGACGAGCUGGUCCGCCGUAGCGGCACUCUCUCCGCGCCGUCCCAUAAACCACCAUGCUCCUUUCCCCCACUCCCACCCCUCCCAGGCGUCAUUUUCGUGCAUGAUCUCUCCCGAAAAAAGUCCCGCGUGGCGGCACUCCAAUGGAUGGACGAGCGCGUGCGCAGCGGCACCUUCUCCGCUCCCUCCCACGGGCACCGCGAGGGCCAACUGCCCGUCCCCCUCCUCGUGAUCGGCAAAAAGGACGACCUCCGUGACAAGGACCCCGUGCUGCAACUACAGGGCCGGGUGAAGCUGCUGCGCGCUGCUACUGUGCUCCUCAUGCCCCACUGUGUCAUUUUCGUGCACGACUUGUCCCGAAAAAAAUCCCGCGUGGCGGCACUGCAGUGGAUGGACGAGCUCGUGCGCAGCGGCACCUUCUCCGCUCCCUCCCACGGGCACCGCGAGGGCCAACUGCCCGUCCCCCUCCUCGUGAUUGGCAACAAGGACGACCUCCGAGACAAGGACCCCGUGCUGCAGGGGAGGGUGAAGCUGCUGCGCGCUGCUAGGAGCAGCAGGACGUUGGAGUAUGCGAUGAAGCAUGCCAAGACCGUUGUGGAGCGGUACGGGCUGAGGUCGUUUGGAAGGCGGAAGCGGGGCGAGCUGCCGGAGUAUAUCCGGAACCCCAGGGGCGCCGGGCUCAUUGCGUGUGCGAAGCAGGGCCGCUUGGACCUGCCAGCAGUGGACGCCUUCUUCCUGCAGCUCAUCAAGCGGCGCUACUUCACAGAGCAGCUCACAGCACUGCCAUCGUCCUCCCGCUCCUGGAGCCAACCAUUCCUAUAUGUAGAAGGAAUGGAGGGAGAGCUGAAUGCGGAUGCGCUGCUGCUGCCCUCCUCCUCUGGCGGGGAGCAGGGGCCGCGUGGGGGAGGAGAAGGGGCUGUUGCAGGGCUGUAUCGCUUCAACAGCCUCCGAGGCUCUGAUACCAGCAUUGACAUCGAGUCAUUCGGCACACCCGACUAUAGAAUCAACCACCAGUCGCAGCAGCACGCGCGCAAAUACCCCUUUGAGGAUGACGAGGAGGACGAGGAAGGGAGGGGAGAGGGGGCGGGGGAAGAGGAAGAGGAGGAGGAGGAGGAGGAGGAGGAGGAGGAGGAGGAGGAGGAGGAGGAGGAGGAGGAGGAGGAGGAGGAGGAGGAGGAGGAGGAGGAAGAGGAAGAGCAUGAUUGGCGGGAGCAGUGGCAGCAGCAGUGGCAGCAGUGGCAGCAGGAGUGGGUCAAUCAGUCAUUCUCCUCCUCUCCCCCUCCUGCUUCUUCCUCCUCUGGAGCUGAUCCCGCAACUCUUUCACUCUCUUCAUUACACGAUCCCAUGCCUGCACCAAUGUGUGCUGCAAGGAUGGGAGCAGAUGACAGGACUAAUGGCGCCAUAAUGGCAAUAGGAGAUGAGGAGGAGGAGGCCACAGGUGCUGCUGCUGCUCCUGCUGACUCUACUGCUACAACGGAUCCAGACCCUUCCGUUUCUGCUCCACUUGUCUGGAAGAAGGAGCGGCAGGAGGAGGAGGAGGCAGAGGAGGAGGAACAACAACAGGAACUGCAGCAGCGCUGUCAGUAG